GGAUGUGAUCAGACUGACUGAGGACUACAGAGGAACAACAAGCUGCUGCUGCUUCUUCUUCCAGAAGUUUCUUCAGUCCAUGAAUCCUGAAAGUGUGUGACGGUGGAGCAGCAGUGAGUUGAACAGGUGAAGAUGGUUUCCACUGAGGAGCAGCAAACCAAAGUGGAGUCUUCAGCAUCCAGCUGUGUGUCCAUGAGGAGUGACCAGUCCAGAGAACAAAAUCCAUUCUUCAGUUCUGAAAAUGAACAGCAAAGUGGUCAGCAGCUCAAACAGAGAGUCCAGUCUUCAACAUCCAGCAGUGUGUCCAUGAGGAGUGAUCAGUCCAGAGAGCAAAAUCCAUUCUUCAGUUCUGAAAAUGAACAGCAGAGUGGUCAGCAGCUCAAACAGAGAGUCCAGUCUUCAGCGUCCAGCUGUGUAUCCAUGAGGAGUGACCAGUCCAGAGAGCAAAAUCCAUUCUUCAGUUCUGAAAAUGAACAGCAGAGUUCCAGAGGUAGAGCUAAACAACAGACUAUCAACCAGAACAGAACUGUUCAAGAUGUUGGUCUGCAGGAACUUUUAAAUGAACAUCAGAUCAGUGUGAAGGGGAGACAUGAACAUGUGACUAAGGGAACUUAUGAAAUAGGAGGAGAAACUCUCUUCAACAAAAUCUACACUGAGCUCUACAUCACAGAGGGACUGAGAGAAGAGGUCCAUACCCAUCAUGAAGUGAAGCAGCUGGAAUCUGCAUCCAAAAUCAAUUACCUUCCUGAUUUUAAGAUCAGAUGUCAGGAGAUCUUCAAAGUCCUAACUGACCAGCAUGGACCCAUCAGAGUGGUUCUGACCAGUGGUGUUGCUGGAAUUGGAAAGACCUUCUCAGUGCAGAAGUUCACUCUGGACUGGGCCGAGGGCUUGGAGAACCAAGACAUCAGUGCAGUGAUUCCUCUUUCAUUCAGGGAGAUGAACUUGAUCAGAGAUGAGCAGCACAGUCUUCUCACUCUCAUCCAAGUUUUCUAUCCAACCUUCCAGAAGAUCACAGCAGAGCAGCUGUCUGUCUGUAAACUUCUCUUCAUCUUUGAUGGUCUGGAUGAAAGCAGACUUUCUCUGGACUUCAACAACAGUCAGGUGGUGUCUGAUGUCUCUCAGAAGUCAUCAAUCAAUGUUCUUCUGACAAACCUCAUCCAGGGACAUCUGCUUCCCUCAGCUCUGGUCUGGAUCACUUCCAGACCUGCAGCAACCAAUCAGAUCCCUCCUUCAUGUGUCUCCAGGGUAACAGAAGUACGAGGCUUCACUGACUCCCAGAAGGAGGAGUACUUCAGGAGGAGAUUCAGUGAUGAAGAUCUGUCCAGCAGAGUCUUCUCCCACAUCAAGGCCUCCAAGAGUCUCUUCAUCAUGUGUGGAGUUCCAGUCUUCUGCUGGAUCACUGCUGUGGUUCUAGAGCAAAUGAUGGCCACAGAAAAGAUAGGAGACCUUCCCACCACCCUGACUGACUUGUAUUCACACUUCCUGAUGGUCCAGACAAAGAGGAAGAAGAACAAAUACCAGCAGGAACAUGAAGAGAAUCCACAGGAGCUGACAGAGGCUGACAUGGAAGUUCUCCUGAAGCUGGGGAGGCUGGCCUUUGAACAUCUGGAGAAAGGAAACAUCAUGUUCUACCAAGAAGACCUGGAGCAGUGUGGUCUGGAUGUCACAGAGGCUUCUUUGUACUCUGGAGUUUGUACUGAGAUCUUCAGAAGAGAGUGUGAGAUCUUCCAGAAAGCAGUUUACUCUUUUGUUCAUCUGAGUGUUCAGGAGUUUCUGGCUGCAGUUUACAUGAUGCACUGUUACAACAACAAGAAGACAGAGGUGGUGGAGAAAUUUCUCCAAGAUGAGAAAGGAAACGGACCUUCAAAUGAAACGUUUUCUUCUUUAAAAGAGUUUUUCAACAACAUCUUGACAAAAUCCCUGGGUAGUAAAACUGGUCAUCUGGAUCUGUUUGUCCGUUUCCUUCAUGGCCUCACAAUGGAAUCCAACCAGAGACUCUUAGGAAGCCUUUUGGGUCAGAAGGAGAAUAGUCCAGAAGACAUCCAGACAGUUAUUACCAACCUCAAAGAAAGGAAAACAUGCACAUACUCUCCAGAUCGAAGCAUCAACAUUUUCUACAGUCUAAUGGAGAUGAAGGACUUCUCAGUUUAUCAGGAGAUCCAAGUGUUCCUGAAGUCAAAGAACCUAUCAGAGAAAACAAUCCAAGACGUCCACUGCUCUGCUCUGUCCCACAUGCUGCAAAUGUCAGAGGAGGUUCUGGAUGAGUUGGACCUGAACAAGUUAGAUGCAUCACCUUCGGGUUGUUUGAGAAUGAUUCCAGCAGUGAGGAACUGCAGAAAGUUUCGGUUUCACACAAGAGAAAUAAAGGAAAAACUACCAUUUAAAUGCCCUGGUUUUCCUCUACCACCUGAGCGUCACUGGAAUAUUGUGUCCUCGGCUAUGAAGUCUAACCCCUCCCAUCUGACAGAAAUGGAUCUGAGUGGAAGCGAGUUGCCUGAUGUAGUAGUGAAGUUCCUGUGUGAAGGACUGGAGAGUCCAAACUGCAAACUGGAAGUACUGAGUUUGAAGGACAGUCGCUUGUCAAAGAUCUGCUGUAAGGAUCUGGCCUCAGCUCUGAAGUCCAACCCGUCCCACCUGAUAGAACUGGACCUGAGGAAAAACCAUCUGCAGCGGUCAGACGUUCAGCCGCUCCUUGAUCUGUUACAGAGUCCAGACAGCAAACUGGAGACUCUGAGGUGGCUCUGAUGGUCCAUCAGAUGAAGCAGUAGCAGUUUAUCUGUAACAUGUUCUGGACCAUGCUACUAAAGGAAAAGAGAAAAGAUGACUGCCAGUGUAAACUCUCGCAUCAGCUCCAUUCUUUUAAAUGCAGUUCCUAUGUUUUGUCUUCAUACUGUGGAAAGAUACUUCCGUUCGCAUUCAAACCUUUAGCUUAAAGGUUUUUUAAAAAAAGGUUUUAGUCUUGAAAAUGAAAGACAAAAACGUUAUCCACACAUAUAACAGGUUGUCUCAUUAGUCCAUUAAACUGAAAUCUACAAAUUGAUGUUAUUAUUUUUUUUUUUACAUUUUUGUCAAGUUUUGCUCCUGUUAGUCAAAUUUUGUUUCUUGAACUGGUGUUUGCUUUUUCAAUGUUUGGUGUAUUGGUCAAUCUUCUGGGGUGAGUUGAGUUGUCAUACAGUCUUAAAUAGUUUCUCCAGCAGCUCUUUGAUCAUAAAAUAAGGUUUUUAUGCAGCAGCUUGUUAAAAAACUAAGCUAUUUUUUGACAAAUGAGCUGAAUUGGAGAACUAUAUCAAAUUUCUACAACUGUUAAAUACUGGCAGACUUCUGAAUUUACAGUCAAUAGCAAUGAAGAGAAAUAGCCCGGUGAUGUUUCUCGACUUUGACGCAGAGAAGGCAUUGGAUCGAGUUAACUGUGUAUAUCUUGAGGAAUCACCAAGGCAUAUAAGUUUGAAAGAUUUUUUUGUUGGCUGGAUUGACAUAUUUUGCAAAAACCUAAAGUAAAUGGCUGGCUGGGCUGAUCCCCUUAAUGAUCACAUGGUACACUUUGGCAGCGUGCUUGCACAUGUACACUAACACACUACUCCCUGUAUACUAAAUCCCUUGGUCCUAGCACACAGUGCAGAGAUUGAUGCAUUAUAUAGUGUGAUUAUUAUGACUCAUGGUCAGUUAAUAAAGCUUGUCUUCAUUCAUUCAUUCAUUCAUUCAUCUUCCAGACUGCUUCUUCCCUUUCGGGGUCGCGGGGUGCCGGAGCCUAUCCCGGCUACUGAUGGGCGAAGGCGGGGUACACCCUAGA